AUGGCCGCGCGCGCACCGCUCAUCAUGUCGCGCGCCGCCUCCAGCGUCGGCCCACUCCCGGCUGCGGCGACGACCGUGGCCAGGCACCAGUCCGCGCAGUGUCUCCGUGCGAGGGGGGCUGUCGACGGCCUCUUCUUCGACCAGAGGACAGCGCGGCCGGUCCAUCACCUCCUCCCUGGCGCCAAGUUCGAAGCGAUUGGGAGCACCGCGGAGGCCGCGCUGUCGGAGGGGCUCGCGCAGAAGCUGCAGGGGGUCGAUGUGUUCGAUCUGAGCGGCAAGGCGGUGCCCAUCGUUGAUCUAUGGAAGGAAAGGAAGGCAGUGGUCGCGUUUGCCCGACAUUUCGGGUGUGUGUUGUGCCGAAAGAGGGUAGACCUUCUCGCCGUGAAACAGGUUCCUGGCUGA